AUAUUUUUUAGGCAGAAAUGCAUUAGUGCAGUUAAAGCAGGACAGAGGUCUGACUGUGGAGUGUUGUGCCGAAAGAAGGGGGCGUUUACUGGGUGUUUGUGCUUGCUCGUCGCAGUUGCCUUCAGGAAACUCUGAGCCAGAAUUUGUUUCAGCUCCUUAAAGAGAUGGACCACCGGGGAGUUUGCUGACACAUGGUGGAGCGCUAUAGGCUGUACAGCACUUUUCUGUGCAGCACAUUUGACCUGCACUGGCCAUUAGCAUUGGAGGAACCUCAGGAGGAAUGCAACUUGUCACUGGAGCUAUUUUGGCUAUGUGCAAACGUUAACGAUUGUAAUCACAGCGUGGGACUUGGAACAUUUGCACUGCCUCUCACUGCCUUCUGCUGUUUCUUUCUCUUUUUCUUUUUUAAUCUGCACUUAGCAGUUUUUUUCACCAUGUCUGUUUGGGAUUAAGGGGUCAGGCUAAAUGGCACGCCGUCUGCGCCUGCAUUUUGCCGCGAGGAGAAGCAACACUGACCCUCUGUCUGAAAGCUGCAGCCAUGAGGUAGAGGACGGGCUUGGGACACCUGCUCGGAGCCCUGCGGAGCCUCUGCCUCACCCCAACUCGUUUCAUAUGAAAGUGACUCCGGGGCAACUGGCUCUCGGUCUGCCACCUCUGUCACCAGAUUACGGCAGCCUCCAACGGCAUACUACUGUAUUUGUACCCAAAGUGAACAGCAGCGCUGGGAAUAGGAAAAGCACAUUGCAGAUUUCUUUGCAGUCUUCCAGCAGGCAGAAUUUGGAUGGAGAAAUUUGUGGUGGCGGUGGAGAAGAAACGGACCACGGGAUUUGCGACGGCGGUGCUGGAGGCAGCUCUGACGGAGGAUCGUGUAGCAGCAGCACUGCUAGCGAUGUCGGCUAUUGUAGCAGCAACAGCAUAUUCGAAUCGGAUGUUGCCGAGCGCAAGAUGUCCCACGAUAAAGGCGCAUUCCGUCGGAGGACCAAGGCUCCCUUACGUCGCUGCUCAUCAUUGGUCAUUUUCCCACGUAGUCCCUGCACCACACCGCCAGCUUCACCUGUCAGUCCCGUGGCAGCUCCGCUGCUCCCCACGUCUACCCGAGGACCCUUUCAGACCUCGCACCAGCUGCAGCUUUCUCCGACAGACGCGUCUGCAGACGAGCCCAAGGUCUCCGUCGCAUCAGCGGUGAAUGGAGUUCGACUGUCUAAGAGCACCUAUGCUCAGCCCACUGAGGUUCGGGAUGCCAGGCCCAUUCUGCAGUUUAGCGUUUCGAAUGACUUGUCGGUAAGAUCUGAACAACCCGAAAGGCACUCUGGUGUGCCGGUGCACCCUACAAACCAGCCCCCGCUUCCACCUGGGAAAGGAAACACGGCGAGAACUGUGGUCAGCAUCGACUGCUCUAAAUCCUCAGAAAAGUCUGAGGAAGCUAACACAAAGCUUGGGAACCGUUAUCCGAAGCUGUACCAUAGCACCUCGGCGUGUGUGCUUCCCACAGGGAAGUUAUCGACCGAGAAGAGACACCACACGUAUCCGACUAUCGGCGAAUCCAACGCGUCUCGGGAAAUCUGGUUUCCCCGGGGUUUGCAGAGGAGUAUUUCCCUUGAGGUGCCCUUCUCGAGCACUGGGAUAUCAUGUCAUAUGUCCAACACACAACAGCUCAGUUGCGUGAACGGAGGGGCACAUGUGCAUAUACACGUGUCUCGAGGGAAUGGUGUGAAAGAGCCCAACUUGCCAAAGGAUACCAGCGACAAUGUUAAAAAUCAACAGGCUUUUACCAACGCUGGGACACGUGAUGACUUCCUGGGCCAGGUGGACGUUCCUCUGCAUCAGAUACCAACAGAAGCACCGGGCAGCGAGAGGCCGUACACGUUUAAAGACUUUCUGCUUCAUCCCAGAAGCCACAAGUCAAGGGUCAAAGGUCACCUCCGGUUAAAGAUGACCUACUUGCCCAAGAGCAACGGUUCAGAGGAGGAGCAAAGUGAGCAGGUCGAGGAAGUGGACCCCGGUUGGGAAUUCCUGGAGAGUCAGGAUGCGUGCGGGCCGUGCCAAGCUCACCAGCUGCCCGUGCUGCCCCCUGGCUGGGAGGAGAGGCAGGACAACCUCGGCAGAACCUACUACGUCAACCACGAGAACCGCACUACCCAGUGGCACAGACCCACUAUCCAGGACGUGCAGAGAGAGGCGGAACUGAGACAGAGCACGCACGUACAGCUUCCCUUCAUCACGCGCCGACAGAUCUCCGACCACGACGAGAGCGGCGAGCGCAGGGAGUCGCCCGAGAGCUGGGAGAUCAUCACCGAGGACGAGGGGACGCUGUACAGCCGCCAGGUCUCGCCCCCGCCUCCUCACUCGCCCCUGGAUUACAUCAGCUUCACUGACGAGUUCAGCAGGUUACAGACGGCCAGCGAGAGGCGCAGCUCCGUCCCGGGUCACAGCAGUCGGAGAGGGAGCGCGCCGCUGCUGACGGUAGAGGAGCGUCCGGUUCACCCUGUGAUGUUGCCCACGACCCCAGGUUUGCCCCCUGGUUGGGAGGAGAAGCAGGACAGUAAGGGUCGAAUGUAUUACAUCAACCACAAGAGCAGGACCACUACCUGGACCCGCCCGCUCGUCCAGCAGCUGAUCCAGACGGCCGAUGGAGGCGCGUCGUCCCCGGCGGGCGGAGGGUGCGGUCGAUCUCCGAGCCCCACUGUGUACGCCCCGCCCCAGGCCUCGCCCCAGGCCUCGCCCCUGCACUCGCCCGGACCGCAGCAGACGCACACCUUCGACUUCUCGGUCUGCAUGCCUCCAGGCUGGGAGGUGAGAAGCGCGCCGAACGGACGGCCGUUCUUCAUCGACCACAACACCAAGAGCACUACGUGGGAAGACCCCAGGUUAAGGAUUCCAGUUCACAUGAGGAAACAAGCCUCGCUUGACCCCAAUGACCUCGGGCCUCUGCCGCCUGGCUGGGAGGAGAGAGUUCACAGUGACGGAAGAAUCUUCUACAUCGAUCACAACACUAAGACCACGCAGUGGGAGGACCCCAGACUGCAGAACUCUGCCAUUACUGGACCAGCCGUGCCUUACUCCAGAGACUACAAGCAGAAGUACGAGUAUUUCCGCAAGAAGCUCAAGAAACCGGGAGACAUCCCAAACCGUUUCGAGAUGUCCGUGAGACGGAACGCUCUCCUGGAGGACUCGUACCGCCGCAUCCUGUCCGUCAAACGACCCGACCUCCUCAAGGCCCGCCUAUGGGUGGAGUUUGCCGGGGAGAGGGGGCUGGACUACGGGGGCGUGGCCAGAGAGUGGUUCUACCUCAUCUCCAAGGAGAUGUUUAACCCUUAUUAUGGGCUGUUUGAGUACUCUGCUCUGGACAACUUCACGCUGCAGAUCAACCCGAACUCAGGCCUCUGCAACGAGGAUCACCUGUCCUACUUCAAGUUCAUCGGGCGUGUGGCGGGCAUGGCGGUCUACCACGGCAAGCUGCUGGACGCGUUUUUUAUUCGUCCCUUCUACAAGAUGAUGCUGCAGAAGCCAAUCGCGUUACAGGACAUGGAGUCUGUGGACAGCGAGUACUUUAACUCUCUGAUAUGGAUCCUGGAGAACGACCCCACUGACCUGGACCUCCGCUUCACCAUCGAUGAGGAGCUCUUCGGACAGACGCACCAGCGCGAGUUGAAGCCAGGUGGCGCUGACAUCGUCAUCACGGACUCCAACAAGAAAGAGUACAUCCACCUCGUGAUGCAGUGGAGGUUCGUGAACCGGGUCCAGACGCAGAUGUCCGCCUUCAAGGAGGGCUUCUACGAGCUCAUCCCGCAGGAUCUGAUCAAGAUCUUCGAUGAGAACGAGCUGGAGCUGUUGAUGUGCGGGUUGGGAGAUGUGGACGUUAACGACUGGAGAGAAAAUACCAAGUAUAAGAACGGCUACGGGCCCAACCAAGCCGUCAUCCAGUGGUUUUGGAAGGCGGUGCUGCUGAUGGAUGCCGAGAAGCGAAUCCGGUUGCUGCAGUUUGUGACGGGGACGUCUCGCGUUCCGAUGAACGGUUUCGCUGAGCUCUACGGGUCCAACGGGCCGCAGUUAUUCACCAUCGAGCAGUGGGGGACCAAAGACAAACUGCCCCGGGCUCACACGUGCUUUAACCGUCUGGACCUGCCUCCGUACGAGUCGUUCGAGGAGCUCCGUGAGAAGCUGAACAUCGCCAUCGAGAACACUCAGGGCUUCGACGGAGUCGACUAGCAGCGUCAUGGCGACGGCGUCACCGUGGAGACCGGGGCACGGAGGGCGUAUCGGGCAUCCGAGGCACGUCGGGGUGACACGCCCGUCAGAGAUCAGGGUGGUGCGGAGGAAGCCUGAGCUACAGAAUACUCCACUACGCUAUCACUACGUCGUCACUGCGCUAUCGUGAGGCUCUGCACCGCCAGCUCGCGGCUUUCUGCCACCUUUACACGGACGUACACACGUGUAGACUUAUUAAACCCCAGGUUUUAUCCUCAGCACAAAGAUAUACGGUCUAGAUUAUAUUGCACAACGGUGUAAGCUUUUUAAUGUGAACUGUCUGCAGGUUUUUGUUGUUCUUGGACAGAAUUUUCAGUGUUUUUUAAACGAACUAACAGCCUGUAUAAUGCACUGUACCAUUUGCAGUUAUUCGACACAAUAUAAACUUGUCUAUAAUUGUGUAUAUAUAUAUAUAUACAGUAUAUAUAUAUCACUAUAUCACGCUUGAUAUUAAUACUCAUAAGCAGUGUUUCGGCGGUUUGAAGAAGCGUUCAGAAGUUUUUGCCUCCGUCUCAGGGUUUGGUGGCAGGAUUCGUUACACACGCUUGUGUCUUCGUCUUUACCUUGUCUUUUCUUUCUGCUUCCUUCUCGGUUUAUUCCUUUAACACAGCGUUUUUUAUGCGAACCCGAGUUCACCAGCGGCUCGCUUCAGGAAACGCAAGGUCUAAACUCUUUUUAAUCUGCAUAUCAAAUUUUUGUACCUUAACACCUUUUGUAACAAUAGAACGAGUCUUAAUACGAGCCCGGGUCUCUGUCCCGGCUCACGCUUUGAUCUCCCGGAAGAAAUCUUUAUCUCUUCUCGGAUAUGUUUACAUGCUGAGCGUAAGCACUUUCUCUUUUUCUCGCUAUGGAAAAUUUAUCAGACUGUUAAACUCCUGUUUUGUUGCUUCAUGUUAAAACAAAUCUUUGUUCUUUUCAAAAAGCAAAACUAAUUUUCCCCUAAACUGAUCAGAAGUUUUAUCAGCACUUGUACAGAGUUACCGUGUAGAGGACCAGGGGAUGAAAUAAAACAUAAAUAAAAUGAUAAAUAAAUAAUUAUCUUAAGAAUUAUAGUCCUUAUAAAUAAUGAAUAAUCAACACAAAUUAUAUCUGCGAAUAAAUAUUAAUUCCGAAGAGUAGUUUUUGCAUUUAGAUUUUUAUAAACAGAAAAAAAAAUUAAUUAACGGUUAAAUAAACAAAAUAAAUAAUAAUUAAAUGAAUAGAUAAUUUGGCUAUACUUUCACAAUCUUAUUUUCUUUUUUUUAAAUAAAUUUUAUUUUUUUAUUUUUUUCCCCACUCUGGUCUAACAUUUUUAUCAAUAUAACAGGGCAAAAAUGUCUAUUAUAAAAUAAAAUGAAAAUAAAUAUGCCUUUAAUCUGGAAUAUAAAUCAUAAUGGUUUAAUCGGGUUUUGUGCCAGUGUUCUUGGCAACAUAUUUUUGGGGAAACAAAUACAUAAUAAAAAUAAAAAUAUAUAUAUAUAU